AUGUUCAAGGUUAACGAUCUUUCAGUCCUGGGUCAGGAUCCCCUGAUCCCACCUGCUUUGCUGAUCUCCGAGGUUCCCAUGACCGAGACCGCUUUGCAAACGGUCGUCAAGGGCCGCCGCGAGGCCGCUGCUAUUGUCAUGGGCAAGGAUGACCGCCUGCUGGUCGUUGUUGGGCCAUGCUCUAUCCACGAUCCUGCCAUGGCUCACGAGUACUGCAUACUUCUGCGUCAGUUGUCAGAAAAGCUCAAGGACGACCUCUGUAUCAUCAUGAGAGCUUACCUUGAGAAGCCUCGCACCACUGUGGGCUGGAAAGGUUUGAUCAACGACCCUGAUAUUGAUGAAAGCUACAAGAUCAACAAGGGCCUGCGGAUAUCACGCCAGAUGUUCUGCGAUCUUACUGCAAGUGGCAUGCCUAUUGCUAGCGAAAUGUUGGAUACAAUCUCUCCUCAGUUCCUGGCAGAUCUGAUCUCAGUUGGAGCUAUCGGUGCCAGGACUACCGAGUCCCAAUUGCACCGAGAGCUUGCUUCGGGUCUGUCUUUCCCCAUCGGCUUCAAGAACGGCACGGAUGGAAACCUUGGAGUAGCCAUUGAUGCAAUUGGCGCCGCCGCCGCCAAGCACCACUUCAUGGGUGUGACCAAAGAGGGACUUGCUGCCAUCACGCGAACCAAGGGUAAUGAGCAUGGCUUCGUUAUUCUCAGAGGCGGCACCAAGGGAACCAACUACGAUGCUGAGAGCGUCAAGGCAGCCAAGGAGACUCUGAUCAAGAAGGGCCAGAAGCAGGCUAUUAUGAUUGAUUGCUCCCAUGGCAACUCGAAUAAGGAUCACCGCAACCAACCCAAGGUUGCCAAGGUGAUUGGAGAUCAGCUCCGCGACGGAGAGAACGCUAUCAUUGGCGUCAUGAUUGAGUCAAACAUCAGAGAGGGCAACCAGAAAGUCCCACCCGAGGGCCCUUCAGGCCUCAAGAAGGGAGUCAGUAUCACCGACGCUUGCAUCGACUGGAAUUCCACCGUGGCGGUACUCGAAGACCUGGCAGCCGCCAUUCGGGAACGCCGAGAGAAACACAAGACCAGCGCAAACGGCCACGCGAAUGGUAAUAGUACCGGCCAAGUCACUGUGCUUGAGGAGAAUCUGGGAUAG